AUGAAUCAAUUAUUAAUCAAUAAACAUGAGAAAUUUUUCAAUAGAUGUUUAAUUGGACUUCCAUCAACGGCUCAAUCUGAAGAUUCAAAUAAAUUAGCCAUAAUAUAUUUUUGUUUACAUGGACUUCAAUUAAUUCAAAAAUUUCAAUUCACUAAUCAAGAAUUAAUUUAUUAUCGAAAUUUCAUUAUUAAUCAAUUUAUGAUUGAAAAUAAUCAAAUUAUAUCAUUUCGUUCAACUUAUUAUUUUCAAAAAACCAAUCAAAAAUAUGAUUGUCCUAAUUUAUCAUCGACAUUAUUUGCAUUAUAUAAUUUAUUGAUUUUAAAAUCACCUUAUCAUACUAUUAUAAAUCGAAAGAAAAUCAUGAAUUUUUUAUGUAAAUGUCAAGUUAAAGAUGGUAUCAAUAAAGGUGGGUUUGUGCCGACACUCUAUUAUAAUGAAGAAAAUGGAGAUUAUAAACAAUAUGGAGAACCAGAUCUUCGAGUUUGUUAUAUGGCAUUAUUGAUUCGUCAUUUAAUGAAAUAUGAUGACAAUAAUAAUAAUAAUAAUAGGGAAGAUAGCAAUGAGACUGAUAUAGAUUUGAUAUCUUUACAACAAUUUAUUCUUGAUAGAAUAAAUAUUAAUGGUGGAUUUAGUUCUACCAUAAUGGAUGAAUCACAUUUAGGAUUCACAUUUUGUGCUAUAGCAUCAUUAAAGUUACUUAACUAUCCAUUAGAGAAAUUAAAAUCUACCAAAGAAUGGUUAAUUCAUAGACAAGUUGAUUAUCCUGAAAAUUUAUAUCCUAAAGAUGGUAAUGGUGAUAAUUAUGAAUAUUAUCGUAAUAUAGAUAUUGGUGGUUUUAAUGGUAGAGAAAACAAAUUGAGUGAUACAUGUUAUUCUUGGUGGUGUACUGGAAGUUUAUAUAAUAUUGAUGUUAAUUUCAUUAAAUUGGUAGAUUUAAACAAGGCGGAAGAUUAUUUAUUAAAUAAAACUCAAAAUCAAUUAUUUGGUGGAUUUGGAAGAGAUCCUGAUUCAACACCUGAUCCUAUGCAUAGUUAUUUGGCAUUAGCUAGUUUAUCAUUAUGGAAUCAUGAAAAAUUUGCUUUACAAGAAAUUAAUCCAAUUUUAACAAUUACAAAAGAACUGUAUCAAUUUUUUAAAGAAAAAAUAAAGUAUUAA